AUGAUGGAAGAAGAAUCAGUAACUCAAGAACUCCGUCUUCACGUCAAUGGAGAACCUGGAGGCAAAUUUUCCACUUUCAAUAAACAGAGAAGUCACAGCUACUCAUGGAGGUUAAGAGUGUCUCUCUACGUGUUUCUCCUCUUAGCUGGCGAGACAAUAGCCACUCUCUUAGGUAGACUUUACUACGACAAAGGAGGCAACAGCACAUGGCUCGAGACCUUGGUUCAGCUUGUUGGGUUUCCUUUAACCAUUCCUUGUUAUUAUUUCAUAAAGCCAGAGCCUUCCAAGAUUCACACUUUUUAUACUCAACUCGCUUGUCUCUUGACCAUAUCUUCAACACUUCUUGUCAUCCAACCUGAUCAUGAAUCUUCUAUUUCUGAGUCCUCUGCCAAAUACAACUAUGUGAUUGGAUACAUCUGCGCGAUUUGUAGCUCAGCCGGGUAUUCUCUGGUGCUUUCUUUAAUGGAUUACGUGUUCGAAAACGUUCUAAAGGAAAGCAGUUUCAAGAAGAUUUUAGAUAUGGACAGAUACCCUUCUUUGGUAGCAACUUGUGCAGUUUUGGUUGGACUUUUUGCAAGUGGUGGGUGGCAGAUGCUGAGGACAGAAAUGGAAGAGUUUAAACUUGGGAAAAGCUCUUACAUUUUGAUAGCUCUUGGUUCAACAGUAUCAUGGCAAGCUUUUUCCAUUGGUAGUUUGGGUUUGAUUCUUGAAAUUUCAUCGCUCUUCUCAAAUGUCAUAGGCACUCUUGGUUUACCAGUUGUUCCUAUUCUUGGUGUUGUGUUCUUCAAAGAAGAAAUGAGUGGAAUCAAGUUGAUUGCGAUGGUUUUGGCUAUAUGGGGAUUUGUUUCUUAUGCUUACCAGCAUUAUAUUGAUGAUCGGAAACCGGAAGAAGUAGAUCAUGAGAAAGAAGAAGAGCAAGAGUUUCUUCAACUUGAAGAAGAAGAAGCAAAACAAGAUAACAGUCAUAACCAAGCUUAG